CAGUUCUGAUGUUUGUUUACAGUAAACACAAGUGGGUUAGCAAGCAUAGCAACUUAGCAACGGCGAAAGUAUCAAAGCAUCAUCCAACGUCCAUGAACUUAUGGAGAAAACAGAGUGGUUUGAAAAAGUCACAGGUUUCCAGGCAUUCUGUCGAGGAUACCUGGUGAGAAAGGCGCUCCAAUGUGUGCGAAAUGAAUAUGAGGACAUUGUCAAAGAGAUUGAGGGAAAUCUGGAUGAGCUGCGGUGGAGGGGAACUGUCAUACAGAUCCCUGCAUUCUCUGAAGAGAAUAGUCUGUUUUGGGGCAAUGGUCGACAAGACCAAGUUCACCCAACCACCCAACCUGAGCGGAAUGUCACAGAUGACAAGAGGCCGCCACAUUUCGAGGAGGUUGUGCCAGUGAAAGACAUUUCCCCCAGAGCCAGUGCAGGAGGUGACUCCUCUCGUCUGACUGCUGGAGGAAGAGAUGGCGAAUCCAAGCAGGAAGGGGUAAAGGAGAUUUCACACCCAGAGGGCAUCCAGGACACCACUGCUGCUCUGGGGCGGUUAGGACUGCACCCAAGCCUUAUGGAGAAAGGCUCUCUUCGGCAGUCCCUGGAGGAGACAGACCCUCCGCGGACACGAGAGGAAGCGCGAGUGCUCCGCAACAAGCUGGCCAUGGAACUACUAUGGAUACAGCAAGCCAUAUCCAGCCGCAAGAAAUACUUGUCCCUGAGGAAAGACAUGGAAGAAGGACAACGUCAGUCACACGCCGCUGCCUCAACAUGAGAGAUGGACAUACUGAGAUACUCCUUCAGUCCGUGAGCUAAGGCUACAUCAUGUCCAGCCGGACGGGGGACACUUAUUUCAGUGAAAUGACACUAUUUUUGGUACUUGAACUUUAUUGCUAUAUGAAGGUAUUUUUGACUGUAGUUUUAUUGGGUUAUGUUUGCAUGUGUGUGUAUGUGUGUGUGUGUGUGUGUGUGUGUGUGUGCGUGCGCGCGCGCAAAAAUGGGGUGCAUAUUCUUUGUAUAACAGAUUUUGUACUAAAAUA